AUGUGCCUAGUUUAAAAACAAACAUCAUCGCUGAAUCAAGAGAAACAAGUUAUGAAUCUUGCGGCCUCAAAUGCGCGGAAAACCGUUUCUGUGUUGCAGUGAACUAUAAGAAGAAGGCUGCGUGGAAUGAAUCGAACUGCCAAUUGACGAACUCGACUGCACGAAAAUUUGUCAAUAUCUCUAGCGAAAAAGAACGAGUCUGGACGUUCAUAAAAGUUAAUGUGGACCGAAGUCAGGUG